AAUGGGAGUCUUGUGAGUGUGAAGACGGAAAUUUGUUGUGUCGGAAUUUUGUGCGUGAAGUAUAAAAACAAAAGGAAAAAAUAGAUAAAUUAAGCAAUUUUUAAUGAUAAUAAAAAAAAUAUAACAGGUGUUUUGUGUGCAAAGCGAUAUAAAGGAAAAAAAAAAAACUAUCGUAAAGCAAUUGAAGAUCACUGAAAAAGCGCCUGAGCAAUUAAUUGAGUAAAUAAAAACAAUAAAAUAAAUUACAUGCGAAGCAAUUAAUAACAGUGAAUUUACUAAAUAAAUCGAAGAAAAAAUAAUUGAAUCGAAAUUUAUCUACUGCAUUAGGAAUUAAUUAAAUCAAAGUGAUGGCUGACACUGCUUUCAAGUCACGCGAUAUCGGCUUGCGUGCACAGAAGAAAAUCCUUUCACGGAUGGCAACAAAAAAUAUUGCGAAGACUUUUAUUGACGGCACCACAGCUUCGAUAUUAGACAAUUUAUAUCGUUUGUGCAAAACACACACUGGAAAUAAAGUUAAAGCUGAGAAGUUAAUAAAAAAUAUUAUUAAAAUUGUUAUAAAAAUUGGUGUACUACAUCGAAACAAUCAAUUCAGUUCGGAAGAGCUUAAAGACGCUGAAAUAUUUAAGAGGAAGUUUCAGAAUACUCAACUAUCCAUCAUAUCGUUUUACGAAGUCGAAUACAGUUUCGAUCUGCCGUAUCUACAAAAAUCUAUAACUGAAUCACAUGCCGCCCUCAAGUCAAUUGUACAGCGACACCUCACCGAAAAAUCAUUAAACCGCAUUGAUGAAGUUUUCGAAUUCUUCAGUGAUGCAACGUUACUAGAAACUGCAUUUAAACCAGACUCACCAUAUCGUGAAUUAAUGGGCAAAAUUGUGGCCGAUAUAAAUACUGCCAUGGAUACUGGAGACAUGUAAAAAAAUGUUCUACUAAGCAACAACAACAACAACUAAGUUUAAAUUGAAUUUAAACAAUAUACCAA